AUGUCUUUUGUCCAUGCGAAGUGUUCAGUGGAGGAGCGUCGUGUCUUAUGGUGUUCCUUAUUAAAUGAUAAGCCAAAUUCUCUUCCUUGGUGUAUUGGAGGUGACUUUAAUGUUAUAUUAGCUCCUCAUGAAAAACGGGGGGGACGUCCUUUUGCUAUAGCGGAGGGGGCGGAUUUCAUGUCCUUUAUGGAAGAAGCAGGGAUAUUUGAUGUAGGAUUUUCAGGAGCUAGCUUCACGUGGUCUAACAAUAGAAGAGGGAGAGCUCGGGUUUCAAAGAGGUUGGAUAGAUUUUUAGUCAAUGGGGCUUGUUUGGAUUUCUCCGACGUAAUUUCUGUGCUUCACCUGGCAAGACAUCCCUCGGAUCAUGCACCCUUGAAAAUUUCAUUUGAGAAUCGAUCAGAAAAUAAGCCGCGGCCUUUCAGAUUUUUAAAUGUCUGGACGACUAGACAUGACCUCUUGGAGGUGAUUCGCCAGGCUUGGAAUCAAGAUGUGGGUGGAUCUCCGUUGCGUGUUUUGUGUUCUAAAUUAUUGGCAACGAGGAGGGCUAUUCAGACAUGGAACAAGCAACACUUUGGGAAUAUAUUUGAUGCAGUUCAUUCUGCGGAAUUGGAGGUCCAACGUGCAGAGGAAGCUAUGGAUCAAUAUGUAUCGGAGGAAUGUCAAAUUGAGCUUAGCAAGGCUCAGGCAGAGCUGCGCCAUGCAUUGUCAAUUGAAGAACAAUUUUGGAGGCAAAAAUCCAGGGUAAAAUGGCUCAAACAAGGAGAUCGUAAUUCAAGGUAUUUCCAUGCGGUAGUCAGGCAAAGACGGGUUCAAGGAAUGAUACACCGCAUCAAAAAGUCAAAUGGGGUCUGGGUGGAUACAAAUGCUGAUAUAGCAACUGAGGCAAUAUCAUAUUUCUCUAACCUCUUCACGGGUUCUUUGCAAUCAGCUUCUGAUAUGCAGCACUUAAUUUCGCCCAUGAUCUCGGAAGAGGAUAAUGCAAAAUUGGAGGAAGUGCCUUCGAUUGACGAGGUUUAUCGAGUAGUGCGAUCAAUGGAUGGGGAUAGUGCUGCUGGCCCAGAUGGUUUCACAGGUAAAUUUUUUACAUUCGCCUGGGAAAUUGUCGCCCAAGAUGUCUAUAAUGCGAUACUUAGCUUUUUCUGUGGGGCAGAGUUACCUCGUUUCAUCACCUCUACCUCCAUUGUGUUAAUUCCAAAGAAGCCAAAUCCUCAGGAGUUUUCUCAAUUUAGGCCCAUCAGCUUAUGUAAUUUCUUCAACAAGUUGUUAUCCAGGAUCUUAGCUGAUAGAGUGGCUUAUGUUUUGCCAAAAAUCAUUUCACCCCAGCAGACAGGCUUUGUGAAGGGCCGUAAUAUAACAGAUAACUUUCUGCUAGCUCAGGAAGUAGUAUCGGGUAUUGCAAAAAAGAAUAGAGGUGGGAAUGUUGUACUGAAGCUAGAUAUGUCUAAGGCAUAUGAUCGGGUAGCAUGGCAUCAUAUUAUUGGUGUUCUUAGGAGAUUUGGCUUCGGGGAAAUAUUUAUUGACCUGGGUGACCCAUUAUCGCCUGCAUUAUUCAUUAUUGGGGCUGAGGUAUUAUCUAGAGGUUUAUCUAACCUUUCUAUGCAAUCAGGUUUUGUCAAUUUCAAAGUCCCAUAUGCAUGUCCCUCUAUAACUCAUUUGGCGUUUGCGGAUGAUAUUCUCAUUUUUGCAAACGGAUCGUCCUACUCUCUGAAAGCUAUCAUGCAUGUGCUUGAGGAGUACCAAAGAUGUUCAGGACAGCUGAUAAAUGUGCUAAAAAGUUGUUACUUGGUUCAUCCAUCUUUACCACCGACAAGACGAAGGGUGAUUGAACGUAUCACAAAUUUUACCUGGCAAUCAUUUCCGAUUCGGUAUUUGGGAUUUCCACUUUACUUUGGGAGAUGUAAAUCGUCAUAUUUUGGGGAAGUGUGUCAGUCUAUUCUAGGGAAAAUAAUGUCAAGGAAAUCAAGGAUGCUUUCCUUUGGAGGCAAGAUAGUUCUAAUCAAACAUGUGCUAGCAUCGAUGCCACUAUAUCUGUUGUCAGCUGCAGUUAUCCCGAAUAAGGUAUUUAGAACUAUAGAAAAGGCCUUCUCGACCUUCCUUUGGGGGUCAUCAUCUGAAGAAUCGAAAUUUCACUGGAUAAAGUGGUCUCAGAUGUGUUAUCCGGUAAAUGAGGGAGGCGUUGGCUUCCGGAGGCUAAAGGACAUCUAUAAAGCCUUCUCAUUCAAGCUUUGGUGGAACUUCAGAAAGGGUUUGUCGUUGUGGGCUGCAUUCAUGAAAGCAAAGUACUGCAGACUGCUACAUCCUUGUCAGGUAGAAAUCAGGACAACAGACUCGGCACUCUGGCGGAGAAUGGUCAAUGUUAGUCGACAAGUGGAGCUCUCUAUGCUAUGGGUUGUCAAAAACGGAGCUUGUCACUUUUGGUACGAUAAUUGGUUGGGGAGUGGUGCUUUGUUCCUCCGAGCGACGGUUGUCCCUAAUCUAUCAUUUGAUAAUGUUUUCAUCAAUGGAUAUUGGGAUGUGAAUAAGUUAUAUCAGACACUGCCAAGGGAAAUGGUGCCCUCCAUUUUAGAGCAUCCGGUUCCGGAAGAAGGGGGUGAAGCCGAAGUCAUUUGGAUGCCCACGACAUCUGGAAAUUUCUCUCUAGCAUCUGCAUUUUCGGAAAUUAGGCAAACCCGCAAUAAGUCUAUGGUUUUUGACAGAAUUUGGCAUCCUCAACUCCCUUUGAAAGUUUCAUUCUUCAUGUUACGAUUGUUGUUGGGGAGGCUGCCCCUACCGGACAGGUUAUGUAAACUUGGCUUUCACUUACCGUCAAAAUGUUUUUGCUGCUAUUCGGCAUCUGAGGAGUCAAUUGAGCAUUUAUUUUCCAAUGGCCAUAUAGCAUCCACAGUUUGGAAUUAUUUUGGAGCUGCAUGUGGACUGGCCUUUCCAGGGUCAUCUUUACGGCCCCGCAUAGUGGGUUGGUGGUUGAGUUCACAGCAUUCUGAGAUACGACGAUAUAUUGGAAGCAUUCUUCCCAGUGUAGUUUGUUGGAAUAUUUGGAAAUCAAGAAAUAAAGCAAUGUUUGAGAAUGUCCACAUGAGUUCGCCUGCCAUUUGUUUUGCCACUUUCUCGGAUAUCCAAAACAUGGUUGAAAUUCAUUUCAAACAAGUUUUCCGAGUACAGUCAUUUUAUGAUUUGUAUGAUUGGCCGUAUUCAGCUAAUAUUGAGUUUAUAUACAAACUUGUUCGUUGGGAAACGAAGGAAUCCGGUCGGUUCAUACUAAAUACGGACGGUUGUUCUAAGGGUAAUCCAGGAUUGGGUGGAGGUGGUGGAGUUCUUCGAGAUUCAAAUGGCAUACCUUUGAUUGGUUUUUCGGCAUAUUCUGGGGAAACUACAUGUCUAUGUGCAGAGGUUCGAGCCUUCCUUAUUGGUCUUCAAACAUGUGUGCAUAGAGGGUUUGGGAAUCUCUGCGUCCAGUCGGAUUCUUUGGUAUUAAUUGGAAUUCUUCAGCAUCGUAUUCAAUGUCCCUGGAAGAUUCGACGUGACAUUAGGCAGAUUUGGCAGUUUGUUAAAGACCCACAUCGUUUUUCGCAUUGUUACAGGGAAGCUAACAAAGUAGCUAAUGCAUUGUCCAACGUGGGAGUAUCUCAUCCAGAGCAUCAAGUCAAGCUAUACGAGUCCUUUAAUACAUUCCCAACUAUGGCUCGUGGGGCAAUUCGCCUUGAUAGAUUAGGGAUGCCAUCAAUUCGGAAAAUUAAGCCUGACAUGUUUACGAAUAGUCGAAGGCAAGAAGAGCGGACUGGAAAAUAUGGAACUCCCCGGAAAGUGGCGAGUCAGUUUCAGAAUGCUACUGAUGAAGUAAUUGGUAUUCUCCAUCAUGAGAUAAAAUAUCCUACUAAUAACCCUGUUCAUCCUGAUUUCACUCCUAGGGUGAACUUUGCUCUCGGAGCUUUGUAUUAUCUCUGCAAUGCAUCAAACAAGGAAGAGAUUUUGAAGCCAGAAGUCGUGGAUAUCAUCGUAAGAUAUGCCUCAGCUGGUGCAGCUAGCAUGAAGAGAAUUCAUCAGGUUCGUUUGCAGGAUGAGCAACCAUCAACAGAUAAUUGUAAAUGUGGUUGUGAAGGAAACGAUGAACUAGAUUUCGACUCGGAGAAUGAGCUUAUAGAUGAUCCCGCCACUUCCUCGCUGCCUCGAUGGACGAGUGCGACGGCUCCAAAGGAUUUUGUUUGUGGAUCUCCUCCUUUCCUGUCAUCUAGCAACCAAAGCAGGUAUUUAUCUUCUCAGGAGGGAUCAGAAGCUACUGCAGAUGGUGAACAGGUGCUCAUGGAGAUGAUGGAGUGUGAGUCUCCAUAUGAAGAGCUGUCCUUUAAAGAUUUUAUUAGAGAAGAGCAAAAUAUGGAAGAGCCCGGACAGGAGGAAGUUGGAAAGGAAGAUGGUGGAAGCUGCAAGAGCAAAGUUAAACAGGAGCAAAAAAACAGAAACUGCAAACAGAAGAAAAUAUCAAGGGAUUUUAGCACGGAUAGUGAACGUUUACUAUUAAAAGUUUUUGUUCCAGUUUUUCUAGGUUCCAAGAUGGCAAAAAUAAUUACCACGACAACACCUUCAAGGAUGGCAAGUUCAGAUAUAGACUCGACUAGCACAGACAGUACUCACCAGAAGAUGAAUAAUACCAACAGCAAAAGUAGCUCAAAGAGCAGGAAAACCAGGUAA